CAUGGUUAUGUAUAUAUGUCUGUAUCGCUCCCACACAAGGAAGCCAUUAGUAAGAAGAAGAAGAAUCAUUUAACUGUCAAGAGUGUCAAGCUGUCAACGCAUGACACAUGUUAAUAUAUUCUUUUAUAAAGAAAAGGAAACAAUGAUGUGUAUGUACACAUCUUUAUCUUCAAAAGUAACGACGAAGUGAGCACUGAGCAGUCUGAUUAAUAUAUAAAAGUCUAUAAAAAAAGCAGUCUGCAUAUUUUACACCUACGGUUGAGAAAAUGGUUGGAUAUUGUCAUGUUUGCAAAAUAGGAGCAGAGGCGGAAAAUGAUGUAUCCUUCCAUCAGCUGCCGAAAGAUAAAGAAACUAAAGCAAGUUGGUUUGCAUUUAUUGGCCAUAAAAUAGGUACAAAUAGCGGAAUUUGUAGCAAACAUUUUAAACAAUCUGAUUUUGUUUAUAAAGUGUAUAGAGAUGGUGUUAGAAGAUUUCUUAAACGAGGAACAUGUCCUUCUAUACGGCAUCCACAAAAUACUACUAGAAUAAACAUUGACCUUCCCGAAAACAUUUGUAUAUCAUCGAGAAUUGAAAAUGAUAUUAAUCUAGAAGCAAAUAUAACAAUAAAAGAAGAAUCUAUAACUAUAGACGAAACUCUAUUAAACACAGAGAAUUUAAUGGAUAUUCAAUUGAAAAGCGAAUUUGACGAUCCCUUAGCUAUUACGGAACAUGAUUUGGAAAUUAAUAAAAUGUUAAAUAAUGAAAUACAAGAAUCUAUAAGUACAGAUGAAACAAUACAUACAAAAUCAAUAAAUAAUCAAUUAAAAAGAAAGAAAGAAGAUUCCUUUGUCACUAAAAAGCGCUACUACAAUCCAAGAUACGUUGGAGAUUUAUGUCGAGAAGAUUUUACUUCAUAUCAAUCUUGGCGUUUAUUUCAAAAUUAUCUCGUAAAUACAAAAGCAAAAUUAAAAUGUUUGAACUUCAAAGUUGCUUAUUUACAUAAAAAA